AUGUUUCAGACUGAUUCCUGUUUGACUGUGUGGGACUGGUUAUGUGUUCUUCGCCUGGAGCAGUAUUCCGAGGCAUUUCGGAGUGAAGGGCUGACAACGUUACGACAAUGUCGCAGCCUCACACCAGAUCAGCUGGAGCGGAUGGGCAUCACCCUGCCGGGUCACCAGAGACGCAUCCUGGCUAGCCUGAACAAAACACUUGACACCUCUUUACCCCCUGUCCCUCCACGAAGCACCCCCAAUUGCCCUCCACAGCGCUUCACAUCUCCCCUGAGCCCCUCACCUCCUGCUCGAACCCCUGCCUCCCCCAAACUGGACAGACAUGCGGUUAAAGCCCCAGCUGUAGAUAGCAGAGCUAUAUCCCAGAGUUCCACCCAUAGCCCCACACAUGCACCUCUCCACCCUCCCAACGUCCCCUCUGCCCGAGCUCGGCCUCAGACUUUAACCAUUCAGCUACCUGCCCAACUUUUGGGUAGUGAUGGAGGAAGAGAAAUCUCACCUGUUUCCCCCACUGCUUCCCACAGCGAUGACAUCAAUGCUCCACCUCUCCCUCCAAAAGCAGGGGCGGUACCUAAAGGCCCUCCACCAAUCCCACACCGGUUUCCUGCACAGUCUCCCAUAACAAACAACCCCUCUCCCACCAAGACGGUCGCUGAUGAGAUGCAGAAAGACCAAACUCCACAAGUCGCACCUCGCAUCAGGACACCCCAAACUCUAGAAGACACACAUCCGUCAACGCAACCUGACGCUCAGCUGGCUCUGCCUGCAAGGAGAGUCACCCAACCUCCCUCUGAGUCCAGAUAUGUCCCUGCAAGUGCCCGGCAAGAAAAAAAGGAACGGUCCACUUCUUUGUACAGCGAUGACGAGCAGUUGGAUGAGGAUGAUCCUAGCCCAUGGCAGGACGGGGGCAUCGAAAAUCAGCAAGGAAGUUUCUACCUGCCAAACACUGGCAGACUGGCUCCAGCCCCUAAAGAUGACAGCUCUCAGCUUACCGCUGUCAUCAAGAUGGGCUGGUUGGACAAGAAUCCACCUCAGGGUGCCCUUUAUUAUCAGAGACGAUGGGUAAAGCUGGAUGUGGACUACCUGAGAUACUUUGACAAUGACAAGGAGGUGUAUUCUAAGGGGAUCAUCUCUACUGCCUUCAUCACUAAUGUGACCAGUGCGGGGGAGCUGAAGUUUGAGGUUGUCACAAACAACCGAACAUUUAUCUUCAGGGCUGAAAGUGAAGGCGAGAGAAACGACUGGGUGACUGUACUGAAGGACUGCAGCAGGGGGCGCCAUUGGCGCAGCACCAUGAACCCCAGCUCACCGUUAACUCCGGAUUAUCAGGGCUAUCUGGAGCUCAGAGGCUUACGCUCCAAACUUUAUACUGUUGUCGCCACAGAUAAAGUCUUCCUCUACAAAACCAUGGAGGACUAUCGUAUAGGAGUGGGUAUCACAUCCAUUGAGAUGAAUGUAGGAAAUGUUAAAGACACAGAUCGCCGUGGCUUUGAUCUCACCACACCUUACCGCAUAUUCAGUUUUAUCGCAGAGUCAGAGCAACUGCGAGAGCAGUGGGUGGACGCCAUGCGGGCUGCGAUAGAUGAGGCGCUGUCAAAUAGCGAGGUGGCAGAGCGGAUCUGGGCUGAGCCUAGCAACAGCCUAUGUGCUGACUGUGAGGCUCCCAAGCCGGAAUGGGCUGCCAUCAACUUGUGUGUGGUGGUCUGCAAACGAUGCGCAGGAGAGCACAGAGGACUGGGUCCAAGCAUCUCAAAGGUUCGCAGUCUGAAGAUGGACAAGAACAUCUGGACAGAGGAGCUCAUACAGGUGUUCCUGUUGCUGGGCAACGAGCGGGUAAACAGUUUUUGGGCAGCUAACGUCCCACCAAGUGAAGCUUUGACAUCCUCUAGCUGCAGCGAAGAGCGACGGCGCUUCAUCGCCAACAAAUACCGCCAGGGCAAAUACAGGAAGUACCACCCUCUGUACGGAAACCAAAGAGAGCUCAACAAUGCUCUUUGUAUAAAUGUGCAGUGCAGUGAUGUGCUGGAGACGUUAAGCCUGAUUUUCUGCGGUGCAGAUGUAAAUUGUCCAACUGGUAUAGCAAGUUGGCCUUCUGCUCUCUCCCUGGCCAACGCACAUUCCCAACCUUUACAGGCUGAGUUAAUUCGCCAUAAUCUCAACACAGAGCUACCACGAUCAGAGGUGGGCGGAGGCAUGGAGGCGGUACAUUACUCACCACCACCUUGUGUGUCUUACAAUGGCUUCCUGUUCAAGACUGCAUCCAUGGCUCGGGCCAUCACAGAGCGCAAGGCCAGAGAGGAGUUCAGUCGGCGCUGGUGCACGCUGAAUGAUGGCGCCUUCAGCUACUAUGAGAGUGACAAGAACUCAAACCCUAACGGAUCUCUGAAGGCUUCGGAGAUAGUCUGUUUGGCUGUCGACGCGCCUGAGAAACACGGGUAUGACAGCACCUUUGAACUCUACUCAGAGUCAGAGCGUCUUUAUCUGUUUGGCACUGAUGACCCAGACAGCCACAAGGAAUGGGUCAAGUCUAUUGCCAAGAGCUUUAUCCCAGCCACUGCAGAGCCACUACUGAGGUUGGCUUUUGAGCGGAUUGGGCGGCUGAAAUGUAAAGACGGCUUGAACCUGCAAACAUCCAAGGUUGGUUGGUUUGCUCUGGUGGGCUCCACACUUCACGUCUACCUGGAGGACAGCCAGGGAGAGGAAAUCCACCUCCGCAAACUAAAUGAACUCUCGAUCCAACAAGACAAUGAGGUGCUGGUUCUGGUGGAGAGGGGCAGAACUCUGUACAUAGAAGGAGAGAGGAAGUUGGAUUUUGCCGGCUGGUGUGGGGCCAUCCAGGCGGCAGCAGGGAGUGGAGGUGACACACUGAGCCAGCAGCAGCUGACAGAGACAGACAUACCUGUCAUAGUACACAGCUGCAUUGGCUACAUCACACAGUGCGGCUUGACCUCUGAGGGGAUAUAUCGUAAGAGCGGUGUGAACUCCCGUGUGGCAGCGUUGUGUGAGAGAUUUCGCCGUGAUGCUCGCAGUCUUUGUCUGAGGGAAGGAGAGCACCAGGUGGACGACGUCUCCAACACACUCAAACGCUUCUUCAGGGAGUUAGAAAUGGGACUGUUCACGGCAGAAGAUUCCUGCACCUGGCUCAGUACUGCUGCCAUUCAGGAAGAAAGCAAGAAAAUCUCCCAGUACCAGCUGUUGUUCAACAGACUGCCUCGUGUAAACAAAGCUACACUACAAGCCCUAAUCAACCACCUCUAUUGCGUGCAGCGUUUUUCUGAGCUGAACCAGAUGAACCUCCAUAACCUGGCUAUAGUGUUCGGUCCCACGCUCUUCCAGACCGACGGGAAGGACUUCUCUGCUGGCCGCGUGAUAGAGGACCUCAUACAGCACUACACACUCAUCUUUGAGGUGGAUGAGCAGCAGCUAAACAAGCAGCUGGAAGAGAUCACGGUUAUCAUCAAAGUGCGAGAGACACUCAACACAAAGUUUCCUAGUACUGAACCUGGGGGGCACUUCAUCUGUACAGUGUACCUGGAGGAAAAGAAGGAAACAGCAGAGCAACAUGUCAAGAUCCCUGGUUCUAUGACAGCAGCAGAGCUGACCUGUGAGGUCCUGGACCGCCGUAACAUCCUGGCUAAAGACAGAGAGUUCUGGAGCUGCUGGGAGGUCAGCGACAAGGAAGAAAUGGAGCGUCCACUGCACUAUCAGGAGCGAGUCUUACCCAUCCUUCACUCCUUUGGCACCGACUCCCAUCUGCUCAUCAAGAAACACCCUGCUAUGGAGAUGAUGACUGUCUACCUGGCCAGUAAAGUGGAUGCAUCCAAACACGGAAUAAUGAAAUUCAGAGAAGAGCGAAGCAUCUUGGGAUUGGGACUGUCAUCUGGAAGUUUCCACGACCGAUAUUUCAUCCUCAAUUCCAGCUCUCUCAGAAUGUACAAGGAAGUCAGAAGUAACCGUCCAGAACGUGAUUGGGCAGUGAAAAACCUAAAGGUCUACCUGGGUAUUAAGAAGAAAUUCCGUCCUCCUACGUGUUGGGGAUUGACAGUUGUGCAUGAGAGUAAGAAACAAGAGAAGCCAGAGAGACAGCAGUGGUAUCUCUGCUGUGACAUCCAGUCAGAAAUGAGGGAGUGGUAUGCUACUUUUCUCAGUAUCCAGUAUGAUGGCAACGUGUGGCCUCAGGACGGACUCCAGCAGACACGAGUAAGCCGCAUGUUGCCGGAUACGCGUCAUGGUAAUGUGUCACUGAUACCGCUGCGUGGCAGUGAGAAUGAGAUGCGGAACAGCGUGGCAGCUUUCAGUCAAGACACGCUUGCUCUCUUUAGAGAUGUUCGAUAAUAAUCACUGCAAGCAAGGGCUGACACCUCAGAUGACCUCUAAACAUUCCAGUGACAUCAUCAUUCCGUGACAGGAAAGGCCAGGAUGGUGGACACUCGUACUGUAUGUGGAUUAUGGCCUUCAACUGCCAUCUGCUCCUUUUUUUUAAAAUGACCUGGACCAAAAUAUAAACCGACAAACAGGAUUACAUGUCAAAUAUAACCUACACUGGUCUCCCUGCCCAAAACAAUUUUACUUGACUUGAUGUACAAUAGAAUCAGCUGGGAGCGGUGGCAUUUCAAAUCAAAGAGUGACAGUUUGAUGGACUACAAUCACUCGUCUGCGCCCAACGUUCUACUAUUUCCAUUGAUCAGUGGCAUGUGACUCAAUGGCUGCAUUGCUUUAUGGGUCGUAAGCAUGAAAGACAUGCUGAGAGAAGUCUUUUAUUUCUUUAAUGUGUUUCAGAAAAGACUUAGUCGGGUUAUUCUAGGCACUAGCAUUGUGUGCUUAACAAUUAAAUAGAAAAUUGAAGUUUAUUGACUUGGCUGAAUCUGAUUUAUAAUUCUGUGAUGUUUUCAACUCUCUUUCUGUACUAUUGAUCAAAGAAUUGUGGGGAAAAGCCUGUGGUUAAAAAUACAAUAAUUGCUAUUGUAAGCAAAGCUGAUGUCAUAGGAGACGGUGACCUGAUUCUGACCUGAGAGUUUGUUCCACAAGGGCCAAGACCGGGACUAAGAGGAAAAGCUAAGAAAUGACAGGUGAUGGAUCCAUGUCUGUUAACUCUGCAGGACAUUUGCCUGCACUCCUUGGUCAGAGUUGCAUAUAUGCACAAGUGUGCAUACAGUAUGUGUGAAUAUGUGUACAGUAAGUGUGUUUGUGAGUGGGCAAGUUUUAACAUAAGACAUUGUGUCUUUUGGGAAAUGAAGGAACGAGAGGUAUGAGCUGAAGUCACAGUUUGGCUUUUGCCAAACACUGUUGGAAAAUGCAGUUAAAUAAGAGAAGCACUUCAUUCACUAUUUUCCCUUGUUCUGAAUCCCAUUAUAAACCAUAUUCAAAACAAUGUGUUUUGCCCUGGCCAGAUCAGUAGUCUAAUCUUUUCUCGCUGUGCGCUCUUUUUCUGUCCCCAGCACUGUCUCCUCUCUGUAGGUCCUUUUCAGAACCCUGUGUUGCUUAGGUAAACAUUAUAUGUACAUACAUGGGCAGUUGUGUCCUUAACCAGCAGUAUUUAUGAAUUUUUAGAUUAUGAAUUAGUCACAUUGGAAUAAACACGUCUUCUUUUUUUGUUUGUUUUGCACAAAUUAGAAUUGUUGUAACAGUGCAUCAUUAUAAUUUGUUCAUGAAAACAGGUUGCAGAAGUUCCACUGAAACACCUGUAAGCACAAGAAACAAAUGAAAGUGCAUUAUAAUCUUCUUAAUUAUUUUUUUUCCACUUGGGUCCAAAUCUGUAUAUAUUUUGUCAAAAGGGGAGCCAUAAAACAAUCUGUAUUAACUGUAUUAACCUGUCAACAGUUGCCUUAGCAAGGGCAUUGAACUGCCCAGCAUCAGUGUUGCCUGUAGGUUUUCUUGGUUGUAAAGAUUUCUUAUUUAUUUGGACAGUAGAGGACGCUAGAUGCUGUGCUGUAGAGAGCUCCACCUCUGCUGGUGAGACAUCAUGAUGUUAAGCUAAAUGUUUGUUUUUUAACACCUUUUUAAGGUGUGUGUGCGUGUCUUCCCUCUAGCACAGACCUCAGCAAGAGUUGAGAAAAGACUCCAUUCUGUGUAGUAACAUAAAUCCAUAAUAGAAAGUAUUCUUCCCCUCCAUGUACUUCAUAUUUGAUUGUUUUUAACAUUGAAUCACGGAAUGCACCAUACGUACUGUUUUGACACUGAUCAUUAGAGAAUUGGGUACAAAUAUUAAUCACAAAAUAAUUGUUUGCAUAGGUUUUCAGUCCUAUCAAAUCAAUUUCAGUUUCACACCAGGCCUAACUCUGGAGAUGGUGAUGUGUGAUAUUAAGCUUAGGACAAUCAUAGCGUUAAUUAUAUAACUAAAACUAACUAGCUAACUAAACCUCAUCAGAUAGUAUAAUCUUACUCCACUUUGUCUCCUGUGUACCUUCUGGCAGACAUUUUGAAGUUUGUGCCAUUUUUACAUAGUCAGCUGUUCUAGGCAGAUUUCCAAUUGUGUCAUUUUUUUAAAAAAAAUGUCAAGAUGGAUCUUGCUGCACUUUCAGGGUAAUUUAGACCUGACCCUGUUUUAGAAGUUUGUAGAGAUAUUUUGUUUACAGUGAUCACUGUCCAAACCAUCGUAGCACAUCAGUGAUUCAAUGUAGUAAAACUAAAAAGUAUAGAAGUCCAACGGUGUGGGGAAUACUUUUUAUAAGCAGUUUGUUCUAUCUCUGCCUCUUUACUUAUUCUGUUACUUUCCAUUUUACUAAUUUUGCAUCUCUGAAACUCUAAUAAACACAUUCAGCUA